AUGGCACAAUUUUUACCAUACAUUCAAAUUGUAUAUGCCGUUCGUAAUCCAAUAGGACAACGAUCAUCGAAUGCUGUUCGUGGUCAACUUUUAACACAAUUCAUUGUUAUUGGUACGCCUGGUACUGCUGAAAAUUGGUGUAAAAGAAUGAGAGAAAUUGAUCUAAACAAAUUACGUAUGUUUGUUAUUGAUGAAGCCGAUCUUAUGAUAGCAACUGAAGGUUUUCAAAAAAUAUGUGUUGAUCUUGUACGAGGUCUUGAUCAACCAGCUUGUCAAAUGAUGUUAUUUUCAGCGACAUAUUCUGAUGAAGUAAUGAGAUUUGCACGUGAAAUUGUUAAUAAUCCAGUUGCUUUAAGUUUAAAACGUGAAAAACAAACAUUAAAUAAUAUAAGACAAUUUUUUAUAUGUUGCUAUGAAACUGAACAAAAGUUUUAUGCUAUUGAACAAAUAUAUACUCAUCAUUCAGUACGAGAAUUAACAGCAGCUAUAGAUAUUGAGCAACGUGCAGCAGUUAUUGGUCAAUUUCGUGAACGUGUAUUUAAUUUACUUAUAUCAACUAAUGCUGCAGCUUGUGAUGGGGAGUGA